GCUGUAUCCGUGUAAAAAAAAAAAAAAUGCCAAACAUUCUUUUACCUGCAAUAUAAUGAAGGAAGAAAGAUUUGCGCGAUAAAGUAUGUGUCCGAUGUGGUUCUCCCCAAUUUUUCGGUGGCCGGAGUUCGAUUUCUCCCUGCCAUCUUCCAUUUUCCGAUGGCCGGACUUCAAUUUUUCUUACUUUACCAGCGGCUGGGCCUGGAACUCGUCGAGCUUCGGGCAGAGGUGGAUGGAUUUCUCGAUCGUGGAUGACGUGCUGUGGAUCUUCGUGACGAUGGUGGAGUCGUUAGCUGUAGCUGCGAUGCUCUGUUACUUCUUUGUGUUCUGUGGAUGUACUGUUUGAUGUACAAAUGUUUCCAAUUCCAGAAUUUUCCGGUAAGUUCAGUUCAGCCAUUGAAAUCAGCCGGAAGCUUUGUAGAAUUAAACACAGGGACUGCGAUUGUCUUUUUCUUUGUUCAUGUCUUAAUUCUUCCACUUACAGAUUGAAAAAUUGAAGAAUUUGGGGGGUUUUUUCUGAUUUCUCAGGAUUACAUGUUUUUGUUAAUUUUUACUAUUUAAUAAAAUCAAAUAUAACAA